CUUCCUUGACCAGAGUGGACAGAGUCCUGAACCUGCUCUUAUUCCUGGAGAAAGGGGCAUAUCUGAGGACAGCAUGGCUCCAAAGCGCAAGCCCUCGGUGCAGACUAAGGACCCUGAAAAGAAGAAGAAGCGGGGACCAGGGGAGGAAGACACAUUUCGCUCCACUGCCGAAGCCCUCAGGGCUGCACCUGCAGAGAAGCGCGUAAUCCGUGUGGACUCCACAUGUCCACUCAGGGGCAACCCUGGAAUCAGGGUGUACGAGGACUAUGACUGCACUCUGAACCAGACCAAUGUCGGGAACAACAACAACAAGUUCUACAUCAUCCAGCUGCUGAAAGAGGACGACCACUUCGUCCGCUGGAACCGCUGGGGCCGUGUGGGAGAGAUGGGCCAGUUGAAGAUCAAACAGUUCAAAAAGCUAGAAGAUGCAAAGAAAGACUUUGAGAAGAAAUUUCAGGAGAAAACCAAGAACAACUGGGCAGAGCGGGACCACUUUGUGGCCCACCCUGAAAAGUACACACUUAUCGAAGUGCAGGGAGAAGACGAGGCCCAGGAGGCUGUGGCGAAGGUGGACGGAGGCCCAGCAAGGACUGUGGCUAAGCGGGUGCAGUCCUGCUCCCUGGACCCAGCCACACAGAAGCUCAUCACCAACAUCUUCAGUAAGGAGAUGUUCAACAAUGCCAUGGCCCUCAUGAACCUGGAUGUGAAGAAGAUGCCCCUGGGAAAGUUGAGCAAGCAGCAAAUUGCACAGGGCUGUAAGGCCUUGGAGGCACUGGAGGAGGCCCUGAGAGACCCCACAGACAGUGGCCGAAGCCUAGAGGAGCUGUCCUCCCACUUCUAUACCGUCAUCCCACACAACUUCGGCCGCAACCGACCCCCGCUCAUCAACUCCCCUGAGAUUCUGCAGGCCAAGAAAGACAUGCUGCUGGUGCUGGCAGACAUCGAGCUGGCCCAGACCCUGCAGGCAGCCUCUGAGGAGGAGAAGACAGUGGAGGAGGUGCCACACCCUCUGGACCGAGACUACCAGCUUCUCAAGUGCCAGCUGCAGCUGCCGGACUCUGGGGCGCCUGAGUACAAGGGAGACAGGUUCCAGGACCACUCCAAGUUGGAUAAUCGGAGGCUGCUGUGGCAUGGCACCAACGUGGCUGUGGUGGCUGCCAUCCUCACCAGUGGGCUCCACAUCAUGCCACAUUCUGGUGACCACGUUGGCAAGGGCAUCUACUUCGCCUCGGAAAACAGCAAAUCAGGCGGCUAUGUUACUGGCAUGCCCUGUGGGGCCCACCACAUUGGCUACAUGUUCCUGGGCGAGGUGGCACUGGGCAAAGAGCACCACAUCACCAUGGAUGAGCCCAACUUGAUACAUCCGCUCCCUGGCUUUGACAGUGUCAUUGCCCGAGGCCUCACAGAGCCUGAUCCGACCCAGGACGCCAAGCUGGAGCUAGAUGGCCAGCGAGUGAUGGUGCCCCAGGGCUGGCCCGUACCCUGCCCAGAGUUCCGCAACUCCACGUUCUCCCAGAGCGAGUACCUCAUCUACCAGGAGAGCCAGUGUCGCCUGCGCUACCUCCUGGAGGUUCGCCUCUGAGCUGCCCAUGCUGCCCCCACCGGUCCUGCUAGGGGCUGGACCAUGAUCUUCCAAUCUUUCUGCCCAUCUCUGGUACCCGCAUA